UUUCUUUAUGAUUUUAAUAGGAUAAAAGUGAAUAUUAUACACAAAAUUGCAAGUGCUUAAUGACGUUGAUGUUCUGCAAAAUAUGACCUCAGCAUUGGAAGACCCGAGUUUGGAGCGACAUUUUAAAGGACACAGAGAUGCAGUGACAUGUGUAGAUUUCAAUCCCAACAUGAAGCAACUAGUUAGUGGUUCAAUGGAUUCAUCAUUAAUGGUGUUCCACUUUAAACCACACAUGAGAGCCUACAGAUUUGUUGGACAUAAGGAUGCUAUAACGUCUGCUUCAUUUUCUCCAUCUGGACAUUUGAUUGCAUCAGGAUCCAGGGAUAAAACAAUUAGGCUGUGGGUACCAAGCGUUAAAGGAGAAAGUACUGUAUUUAAAGGACACACAUCAACAAUCCGAAGUGUUGACUUCUCAAGAGAUGGACUUUCCCUUUUGACAUCAUCUGAUGAUAAAACAAUAAAGUUAUGGACUGUUCACAGGCAAAAGUUUCAAUUCUCACUGACUGGUCAUAUGAAUUGGGUACGCUGUGCAAGGUUUUCGCCUGAUGGUCGACUCAUAGUUUCAGCCAGUGAUGAUAAAACGAUCAAACUAUGGGAUCGAACGUCAAAAGAAUGCACACAUACAUUUUAUGAGUAUGGAGGAUUUGUCAACCAUGUUGAUUUUCAUCCAAGUGGGACAUGUAUUGCUGCUGGUGGAAGUGAUAAUACUGUCAAGGUUUGGGAUAUCCGAAUGAAUAAACUGUUGCAGCACUAUCAAGUGCAUGGUGGAGCUGUAAAUUCUUUAUCGUUUCAUCCCAGCGGUAAUUACCUGGUAACUGCAUCAGCUGAUACCACGCUGAAGAUUUUAGAUUUGAUGGAAGGACGGUUGUUUUACACUCUUCAUGGACAUCAGAGUGCUGCAACUUGUGUGAAGUUCUCACGAAAUGGAGAAUUUUUUGCGUCUGGUAGUGCUGAUGAGCAGGUUAUGGUUUGGAAGACAAACUUUGAUUCAAUCGACUACACCGAAGUUCUUCGUUCACACAAGAAGAAAGUAGCGUCCCCAUCAGCUUCACAUGUGCAUGACCCACCACCAAGAACCCCACCCAAAUCAUCACCAACAAGGACGCGAGAUAUAAAUGCAUUUACUCAGCCGUCUGAUAUGGACUCUAAAGAUACUGACGUGAUGAAUGUUGGACCAGCACUUUUCUCCAUUCCACAGCCACAUGGAAGAGACUAUUCUAAUUUAAUAAGUGUUGAUGCUGAAGAACCCGUAAUUGCUCAUCCCACCACAACACCUCUUGAACGACGUGAUAUUCCACCACAAUUAGCAGAAACUUUAGAGCACAUAGUUGGCCAACUAGAUGUUAUAACGCAGACUGUUUCCAUAUUGGAGCAACGACUGACAAUGUGCGAAAACAAGCUGAGGGAAUGCUUAGAUAACCAACAGAAAGUUUCUCUACAAAUUAAGCCUAGCUAGCAGAAGGUCCCUUUCCAAAUAAACCAAUCUAGCGGCUGUUCGACUUGGUAGAAUAAAUAUAUAUUUUUAUUUGAAGCGUCAGUUUUGUGAGUGCAUUUGUUUAUCAAUUGUCGUAUGUGUGACGUAAACACUUGCUGUUGUACGAAGUAUGCAAAGUAUUGAAAAAUGUUUAAUAUUUUUAACAUCUUACUUUUUGAACAACACCAGGAGUGAAAAAAGCUUAGGAAACGAGCAGGUAGUUCUUUUCAUUUUCGACAUGCCAUUAAAAUAUAAGUGUUGCAAAGUGUUAUAAAAUAUUUUAUCAGAAUGUCAACAAUUAAAAUCAGGCUGGGAUAUACUCAACUUUAGAAUAUUUGAACGUCAAUAAAUCUUGUUAUUAUCUAUAAUGCUCAAACAUGCACUGAUUUUACAAGAUAUAUUUCACUCAAUGUAUGUCUCGCUACAUAAGAAAUUUAUCAAGGCUAUGCUUGUAAUAUGCUUAAAAAAAUCUCAAAUCUGAGCCUGAAUAUGCUAAAUGUCUUCAUAGGAAAAAAUAUAUUUAUAGUGAAGAUUUUCUUGAUAAAACAGAAAAGUAAAUUUAAGCCUACGAAUGCUUAUAAAUGUCAUGCUUAAGAAAAGCAUGUAGUUGCUUCGUUUUUUCUAAGCUUAAUUUACUGAUAAACAUUGUGUGUGUUCGCCCAAUGUCAACAUGCUUGGACGGUUAGACAAUACCAACAUUUAAGCUCACCACUUUACAUCAAUGUUGCUAAGUCGUUAAAAAGAGAACUUCUUUGGGUUUAGAGACAGCGUUCGUGAACAGUUCAUUCAUAUCUGUUAUAUUAUGGUGUUUAAUUUGAUCGCAAUUUAAAUAUUAUAUUAUUAUUAUCGAAAGUGUUGUUUGAGCAAAAUUAACCUUUCCUUAAUUUUGCUUUUGCGAUGGUGCUCAAAAAAGAGUGAUGCAUUACAGAAGAAUUGUAGUGCUUGAUGAAACUAAAAAAGAUAUAUACAGAACUCUUAUUUUAACCUCGUUUCUAUGUUUUUAUAUACCCGGGUAAAAAAGAGACAUACCCAUGGGAACAGGGUUGUGAAAGUUCCAUGAAACAGCAUUCCAAGGGAAAAUGAAGGAAAGGCUUUUCGUAGCUCAGUUUUCAUUGUAUAUAUUUUUAACACAUCGGAAUAUUUAAAUUUAUUUGA